AUGGCGUAUGCAUCGCAACCAAAUGAUAUGAAAAUGCCACCACCAUACCAACCAAGUGAUUCAACAAAUCCUGGAAUGUCAUAUCAGCAACAAGCACCUUUUACAGGACGAGCAGCAAACUAUGGUAUACCACCACCUAUUCCGGUGUACGCUCAAACGACAACAAUUAUUCGCCCUUAUGGAACAUUGUUAGGCCAUUAUCCUCAACAAAUACAGUGUCCAUCAUGUCAACAACAAGUUGUAACAAGAGUUAACUAUGAACCUGGUGGUGGUACAUGGCUCAUUGCAUUGCUUAUUUGUUUGUUUGGUGGUUUUCUUGGCUGUUGUCUCAUUCCCUUCUGUGUUCCAGCAUGCCAAGAUGCUGUGCAUAUAUGUCCAUUAUGUAAUGCACAUAUUGGUCGACGAAAUGUUUUUUAG